AUAUCCUCCAAAAACCCUCGUUCGUUCCUUGUUUCAACAACAAUGGCUCAAACCCUAGCUCGCCCUUUCACUCGCUCCCUCUCUCUUUCUCUCUUCCUCCCCAAGCGCCUCUUCUCCCACGCCGCAUCUACCAUAACUCGUACUCCUCCUCCCCCUACUGUACUUCCCUGCCGCCGUUCGUUACUCCCUCUUUCUCAUGCCGUUCCGUCAAUUAGAAGUGCUGAUCCGACUCGAUUUACUGCGAUUCGAUGCCGGGUUAACCGGGCUGGUAAUUCAGCCUACUCACCAUUGAACUCCGGCUCUAACUUCAGUGACCGGCCGCCCAAUGAGAUGGCCCCGCUUUUCCCUGGAUGCGAUUAUGAGCAUUGGCUUAUUGUUAUGGACAAGCCUGGCGGAGAAGGAGCUACUAAGGAGCAAAUGAUUGAGUGUUAUGUUCAAACCCUAGCCAAAGUUCUUGGAAGUGAAGAGGAAGCCAAAAAGAAGAUUUACAAUGUUUCGUGUGAGAGGUAUUUUGGAUUUGGCUGUGAGAUUGAUGAGGAGACCUCAAACAAAUUAGAAGGCUUGCCUGGUGUUUUGUUUGUCCUGCCUGAUUCUUAUGUUGACCCUGAAAACAAGGACUAUGGCGCUGAGCUGUAUGUGAAUGGAGAGAUAGUUCAAAGAUCACCCGAAAGACAGAGAAGGGUGGAGCCACAACCCCAAAGAGCAAAUGACAGACCCAGAUACAAUGACAGAACUCGAUACGUUCGCCGCAGAGAAAAUAUGAGGUGAAAGGCUGAUUGGGGAAAAGUAGCUGUGUAUAAAUGUUGCAAUGGAAGCCACAUUCCUUCCUGGUUAUGCAUCGCGUUUAACUGGUGUCUAAGAAUAGUUCUAUGAUAAUUGUAUGUGAGAAUUUUCUAGAUAUUUUAUAAGGGGCGGUGAUUAAAAAGACUUUCUUGACUCGUAUAUUUUCUAUAAUUCCUAAACAGUUAUUAAAUGUCAAAAUCCAUAUUUUCCAUACGAAAAAA